UACCCCCCAGGGGCUCCCCGUGAGCCCCGGUCAAGCAGCGCGGCAAACUCGUGAUGAGUGCGUUCAGGUUCUGGACGUUGACGUUUCGGGAUGGUCACAGAGUGCCAAACUCGGCCUGCAGGGCGUGUCCAGCUCCAGCAUCUCAUGAAAGUUGCAGGGCUGUGCGGCCGUCAGCGUGGCCGGCGGAGCGCCGAGGUGCAGUGGGGUCGUGGACGGAGUCCAAACCGGGAGCCCUCUUGAACUAGGGUCACGCGACCUCUGCCAGCGGGCAACUCCUCAUUCUUCAGAACAUAACUGAAUAAUGGUUUUGCAGGUUGCCACAGGAGAUCCGCGAUGUGAUGGACGUCGAGGUAGUGAUUGAGUGCCUCCGGAAAAGGACCGAGAGAGCUACGCCACAUGAGCCGGACUCCUACGCGGACGUCGUGGAGGCCUUUACUGGCGACUGGAGGGACCUAGGGCUGACUCGAGACGGAGAGCAAACGCUCUUCGUCAAGAGGACAGGGCUUCCAGGCCAUCAGGCCAUCGUCUUCACCUCCGAUCGUAUGAUCAGAUGGCACAACCAGGCGGUGCGCAACCCAGAACACGCUACGCUCAUAGACGCCACCUUUCACUCAGCGCCGUCCAACCCGCCGUCGCGACAAGUUCUGCGGCUGGGCGUCCUCAGCAUGACCAAAAUCAUCCUGGUCGCUUGGGCGGUCAUGGAGAGCAAAUCGACGGAGGCCUACCUUGGUGUUUUCGUGGCGCUGCGGGACAAAGGACUUGUAAUAAGGAAGGCAAUGACUGAUAAGGAGCCGGCCGAAAGAAAUGCCCUCAGGCAGGUGUUCGGUGGAGGAGUGCAUUUCAUGAUCCUCUACUGCUAUUUUCAUUACCUGAAGGCCAUGAUCUUGUAUGCCGAAUCGAUCUGCCGCCUGAGGGCUUUCCUUGACUCUAGUCAUGCGCUACUGUUGGGGUUCCGUAUGCUGCUCCUGGUCCCGCGGCUGAAAUUCGAUCUCAUUGUUCCUACUGUGAACACCCUGAUAAUACCUUCCCUCCAUGACAAGGGCCUUUGGACGCAGAGGGUCCGCCAGCUGUUCAGCCACUUUGAUACGGAGUUCCUGGAGCCCCUCCAGGAGGAGCUCUCAGUCUUUGGAAAUCCUCAAAACUCUACCACUUCACCUCUGGAGGGAAGCCAUAGGUGGUUCAACGCGCAGCAGGAGAAGAACCCUGGUUUCUGGGCAGUUCACAGAACAAUCCGGGAUGAGGAGCAGCAGCAUUAUGAUAAAACGAGGAAGGGCAUUACACCUGCCCUCCAAAGACGUGCAAUGACUGCCCUCGUUCAGAGAAAAGAGUUCAUCAAGAACCUGGAGAGGGGGCUGAAGGGAAUUGAUGAUGUAUGGCAGUUCAUGCAGGGCUGGCUGAACAAAGAAAACGAGACAGGACUGCGUAUGAUGCGGCUCUUCCGGGACUUCCCCGAGUUCUCGGGGACCAUCAGACCAGAACCAGUGGCCAUGCCAAGCCAACGCAUCAUCCUCCCACCUGCGCAAGACAUCGUGCUGCCACCUGCGCAGCCCGACCCUGUGCCGGUGCCUUUGGCCGUAGCUCAGGUGGGCCCCCGACCCGUGCUCCCUUUGCGGCACCAACCACCACUCCAGAACCAGCGAGUGCACCUCCCGGCACCUCAAGGAGCACCGGAGGCACCACCAGCAGGACGUGGUAGGGGAGGUGGACGACGCGACGGCUGCGGUGCAGGUGGCCAGCCAGCAGGACAGGCAGCACUCCAGAACCAGCGAGUGCACCUCCCGGCACCUCAAGGAGCACCGGAGGCACCACCAGCAGGACGUGGUAGGGGAGGUGGACGACGCGACGGCUGCGGUGCAGGUGGCCAGCCAGCAGGACAGGCAGCACUCCAGAACCAGCGAGUGCACCUCCCGGCACCUCAAGGAGCACCGAAGGCACCACCAGCAGGACGUGGUAGGGGAGGUGGACGACGCGACGGCCGCGUUGCAGGUUGCCAGCCAGCACUCCAGAACCAGCAAGUGCACCUCCCGGCACCUCAAGGAGCACCGAGGGCACCGCCAGCAGGACGUGGUAGGAGAGGUGGACGACGCGGCGGCCGCGGUGCAGGCCGAGGUGCCGCCCGCCGUGCUGUGCCAAGCAGUGAUGAGGAGGAUGAAGAUGACCCAUCAAUCCAGCUUCAGUAUGGGUCACCAUCACUGAAUAUGCUCAUACAUCAUUCAUCCAGUAUUGGGUACCCACCUCCACGACGCGACGGCCACGCUGCAGGCCGAGGUGCCGCCCGCCGUGCUGUGCUAAGCAGUGAUGAGGAAGAUGAAGAUGACCUAUCAAUGCAGUCUCAGAAUGGGUCACCAUCACUGAAUAUGUUCAAACAUCGUUCAUCUCGUUUUGGGUACCCAUCACCACGACGCGACGGUCGCCAUGCAGGACGUGCUAGGGGAGGUGGACGACGAGCCGGUUGCAGCCCAGGUGCCGCCCGCCCUGAAAGCAGUGAUGAGGACUGUGAUGAAGAAAUUGAAACACCACUGAAUAGGCUCAUAGGCGCGUUAGCUCGCAUGGAGUCGUUGGCGCCUCCACACAUACCAGAAGCCCGGUGGAUGUUUCAGAGAACUCAAGACAGUGGUGGUCACAUCAGCCCUGCAGGGGACGACAAUUGUGGUGCUCCACAGCUGUAUGCCGAUGUUGACUGGGCAGCUCAUAGGGCCUGGAUGGACUCGUUGGCGCCUCCAGUCUCACCAGAAGCCAAGCGGAUGUCUCAGAAUGUUGAUGAUGACAGCAUCUGUGAUUGCCAUCCAAGCUUGCGGCAGUCCCAGCGGUCUCUGUCUGAUGUGUUUGCGGAUGAAGAGGAUGUCACUGGAGAGCAAGUCAGAAGUGCACAGCACCUUGCAAGCUUGAGGCAGUCUCAGCGGUCUCUGUCUGAUGUGCUUGCGGAUGAAGAGGAUGUCACUGGAGAGCAAGUCAGAAGUGCACAGCACCUUGGUACUCCACAGGGCAACUCCUUAUCUCAGCUUUUAGAUUUUUUCCCGAGUGUAAGUAGUGACACCGAGAGCAGCUCAAUUGGUGGUUGUCGUGGGAAUACAAAUGAGAGACCCAUUAUACCACCUACACCACCCUUGCCAGAAGAAGUGGUCCAAUAUGGGAGCUCCAGCAGCUCUGACAUCGUCUUGCCCACACCUCCCCAGGAUAACUGCUUCCUGUCCAGAUUCAGUGUGUCUAUGAACAAAUCGAGGGACCCAAAGAUGACAGCGGGUCGCACAUCUUCACUGAAACGCAGGUAUUCAUUCGAAGACUCUGAGGACUGCUUGCUGUCCUUGCCGGGGAAAGCCAACCUCUUACCUGUGGCCACCGUCGACGCCCCCACUGGGAACGUCCCAACCAAGGACAGCGAAACCCAGGAAACUGAGGCCGCCUCCGAGGCAACCAGCACGGCCCAUACCAUCUCCCAGAGGCGAAGACACAGGCCUGGUAAAGCGACCAGAAAAAAGCAGCGGCUUGCCGAGGAGGCCGACGGGGGAUCAGCCAAGGUUGCCGCCGACAAGGCUGUUGUGGUUGAGGCUGUCGUCGCCGAGCCGGUCGCCAACAUCGCUGACAACGCCCUCCCCGACGCCGAGGCCGAGGCGGUACCUGCCGCUCCAACGCAUGACGCCGAGCACGCUGCCGUCGAGAAGGCUGAGGUCAAAGUGAAGCAGGCUGUCGCCGAGAAGGCCACCACGAGUAAGAAAGCAAAUCGCCCCAACCGCAAAGAAAGGCUCAGGAAGUUCGCCGCUCUGGAGGCUGCGGCUGCCGCCGCCGCCAACGCUGCCACCGAAGAGGUCAACGUGGAGGCUGUCAAGGAGGCGUCCGCCGCCAAGGUUGCCGCCGAGAAGGCUGUUGUGGUUGAGGGUGUCGUCGCCGAGCCGGUCGCCAACAUCGCUGACAACGCCCUCGCCGAGGCCAAGGCACCUGCCGCUCCAACGGAUGACCCCAACCGCAAAGAAAGGCUCAGGAAGUUCGCCGCUCUGGAGGCUGCGGCUGCCGCCGCCGCCAACGCUGCCACCGAAGAGGUCAACGUGGAGGCUGUCAAGGAGGCGUCCGCCGCCAAGGUUGCCGCCGAGAAGGCUGUUGUGGUUGAGGGUGUCGUCGCCGAGCCGGUCGCCAACAUCGCUGACAACGACCUCGCCGAGGCCAAGGCACCUGCCGCUCCAACGGAUGACGCCGAACCUGCCCCUCUCCGGCGAUCGACCCGCCGCCGGACCACUCGGCUCCGUCUGUGA